GCUUGUUCACACACAUUCACGCACACACCUUGGUACUGAGAGUCUCAGAGUACACUUGCUUAGAGGAGGAGGAAGGGAACGAGAAAGGGAGGAAAGUUUGAGGCAUCAUUGUCAGCCUAGAGAGUAGUAGGGAGUGGUAGUAGAUACAAGUGUGAGAGGUCAGAUGCAUUGAUUGAUUGGUAGAGAGAAAGUAGUUUGGAAGAGUUGCUGUAAGUUAUUGCUUGCAAGUUGGAGUUGCACCGCACUGGUCAUUGGGUAUCUGCUGUCAUUGAGGUCUUUUUUUAGUACUUUAUUUUUACCCUGGGACUGUGUUCUGGCACACCAGGCCACGUUUGUACGCUUCAGCUCUCCAUCUGCAAGUAAGCGUGUGUACUCAUCAGUGUGUACUUGAAACCUCGCCAUGGCCGACACAGACUUCAAACUGGAGCGUGCAGUUUUUGCCGAAGUCUCCGAUGACGAUGAGGAGGUCGCCUUAGUUACAGCUGCAGCUGAACCUGCCAAAACUGCCAAAGUGUUAACCGCUAGACGUGGCGACAGUGAGGAUGAUGAUGAUGACCCAGCGAAGGAGGUCGACCUGGUGUUGGGGCCAGGACUUGAUGGAGGUGGCAGUGGUGGAGUUGAGAAGUCAGAGGCCCAGGCAACAGGCAUGAUGGUUCUUGCACUCCUAGAUAAAAUCAUAGGUGUGGUGGACCAGAUCAAGCAAACUCAGACAGGUCUGGAGGCAAGGCAGGAGAAUGUGGAGAAGAACAUGAGCACCAUCCAGACGGAGCUGACCAAGCUGGCAAAGAGUUAUGUAGGAACAGCUGGGACUGUCAACAAGGUGUUGGAUAAGGUGCGGAAGGUCAACGUCAACGUGAAGAGUGUGCGCACAGACCUGGAGAAGCAGGUGGGACAAAUAAAAAAACUGGAGAACAAUGAGCAUGAGCUCCUGAAGAGGAAGAACUUCAAAGUGCACAUCUACCAGGACAAGGAGAAAACUGUGAAGGGCUCUAAAAAGCCAGUGGCUGUAGAAGAAGAAGGAGAGCAAAUACUGAGUGAAGGUGGAGAAGAAGAACAUGGCUCUGAAGGGGAAGUGGAGGUGGAGGAGAUCAUAGAAGAAUCUCGUGCUGAGCGCAUCAAACGCAGCGGCUUGCAGAAGGUGGAUGAGCUGAAGAAGACCUUCAGCAAGGAGCAGAUGGAGAAGACCAGACAGAAAACCAAGGAGAACCUGGAGAAAACCCGUCAGAGAACUAAAGAGAACCUGGAGAAGACACGUCAAAGAACUCGAGAGAACCUCGAGAAGACCAAGAAGAGCCUGGGUAAAAAGAUGGGCAAGUUGGGAACAAAGAUGACACCUAACACCGAGCGCAGAGAGAAACUCCGCAGCUCACGAGAGAAGAUGCAGAAGUCACUGACACCUGACCACACUGUCUACGCCCGCUCCAAAUCGACCACAUAUCAUGUACCACCCUUCACCUUCCAUGUGAAGAAGAUCCGUGAAGGUGAGAUUGAGCCCACACCAGAGCCUGAGCCAGAGGAGGAACAGGAGGAGCAGGAUGAGGAGGUCCAGAAGGGUCUUGAGGUGCAGGAAGGAGUGGACCUAGUGUCACAGGUGGAGGUGGGUGAACUGGUCAAUCUUGACAGUGCAGAGAUGGAUGCCUUGCUGGAGGCAGCUGAUCACUCACGGCUGGUAUUUCAGGAUACGGUGAGGCCAAGGGAGAAGGCCGGCCAGUAAGUCCAACCAGUGUGCCGAGCCUAGGGAAAGCUCAACACGGAUAAGUGCUGUGGAGGUCUGGAGAUGAAUAAGUAUUAAGGGAUAUAGGGAAUGUGCUUAAGGAUGGAUUAAAAGGGAAUGUGGAAAAGACUGGACCUUUGGCUGACCAUUUUGUUUGUUUGUUUUUAUCUAUUGAAACCCAAGGUUGUGAUUUUUAUUUUCAAUUCUGAGUUUCUAAAAUUGAAUAAAGGUCCCUUUUAUUUUCAUUGUGUGAAGAAUUGUACAUUAUCUUUUGACAUGAAUUGACAUGAUCUUAAAACAUGAAUGUUGUGUAGUAUUUUCACAAAAGGUGGAUUUAAACAUUAAUAAUGAAAUACUCUAAUGACUUAGAUCCUGUUAGAUGGCAUAUAGUAUAAACUUAAUCAUUGUUAAUUUUUAAUCAAGGCAACCUGGUGACAGUCAGAUAGUGCCUAUACAUUUAUAUUAAAGAGUACCCAAUAUUCUUUGUAUUAUCAUGGAAUGUGCACAGCUGCUAAUUCCAACAGUAUAAAAUAAUAGAAUCUAUCACUCCAUUCUCUCCUCUCCACUAAUUGCUGGUGUGUGGUGAUCGCACUGGCGCACUAUGGCUGCGUCGCAUCAUCCAGGUGGAUGCUGCACACUGGUGAUGGUUGAGGAGAGUCCCCUGUUCACUGUGUGAAGCGCUUUGAGUGUAGUGUCAGAAAAGCGCUAUAUAAAUGUAAUGUUCAUUCAUUCAUUCAUUCAAUAGCAAGCCCCAUGCUCCAGGGCAUGCUGAGUGACUUCAGUCAGGCUUCCUAAGCAACCAAUUGGCCGGUUGCUAGGGUGGGUAGAGUCACGUUAGGUUAACCUCCUCGUGGUCACCAUAAUGUGGUUCUCGCUCUUGGUGGGGCGCGUGGUGAGUUGUGUGUGGAUGCCACGGAGAAUAGUUUGAAGCCUCCACACGCGUUAGGUCUCCACUUUAACGCGCUCAACAAGCCACGUGAAAAGAUGCGCGGAUUGACGGUCUCAGAUGCGGAGGCAACUGAAAUUCAUCCUAUGCCACCCGGACCGAGGCGAGUCACUAUGCCACCACGAGGACUUAGAGCACAUUGGGAAUUGGGCAUUCUAAAUUGGGGAGGAAAAAAAAAAACCAAGCCCCAUGCAUCUACCGGGAUCAUAUGAAAUGAAAGGUGCUACAGAGUAUAUUGUCUGACAGAAGCAUUGUUGUGAGGGAAAAUUAAUUAUAAAAUAUUCUAUUUGAAGUGAUGCAAAAAAGAAUGAAAAUAAUUACAAAGGACUACUAAAUAAACUUUUGCUUUUUUGAGAUUAAAGGUUUUAAUAAUCACAUGGAUACAGCAAGUUGUUUUGCAGUAUAGUUGAUGACGUAAAUGUGAUCUUAAGUUAAAAAAAGAAGAAAAAAGAAACGCCACCAUUUUAAAUGCUUAACUGUCUUUUAUGUUAUAAUUUCUUCAAUUUUCAUCUUCGGAUGGCAUAAUGUGAUCUUUGAGUCUAGAUAUUUAAAAAUGAAUCAAAGAUACCUCUAAGAUCAAACAGAAUAUCAGAGGUCUUUGAAUCAGAGGUUGUUUUUCCCUGUCAGUUCUAUUCAUUCAAAAGUUGAAUUUAGUUCUUCAGUGUUCACCCUGUUUGUACAUACGUAUACUAAUUUACUUGCUCAGAGCAAGACUGAUCCGUCUUUCAAAUAUACAUACUAGUGUUGUCAAAAUACCGGUACUUCAGUACCAAGUCGAUACUAAAAUAAAAAAGAUGUAACGACACCAGUGUUUAUGCAGUACCGAGCACCGACUCAAUCUGGUACCAGCGCACAGUAUGACUGACACACGACACCUUUAAAAUGCUCACACGCUUAUUUUGAGCACGUGUUCUGUAACUCCUUUUACACUGAAAUGGACAGUUAAUCAAAUUAAAAUCGUGAUAUGUCCUAGUGUGAUUUAUUAAACGACUAAAGGCUGCAAUCUUACUGUGAAGAGCUGCGUACUUUGUAUAAAUCCGACCGCUCAAACACUAGAAACGCAUCAGACACUGAGAAUCAUUCACGUUGUAACAGAUGAUAAAGCAGAGCACUUCUCCAUGCAGCACAAGUAAAAUAUAUAUUUAUAUAAUUACAAUCACAGCAUUUGAUUGACCGAAGUGCUUCACUGUAAUAAAAUUUAAAACAUAACAUUUCAAAAUUACCACAAAAACAAACACCAGUAAUCUUAAAUACAAACACUUCAAAACUGAGUCCUAUGUUUCAUUUGUCGGACUCAAAGGCCAGUGUAAAGAGAUGACUAAAGUCUUCAAUGAUCACACUGGGCCAUGUGAACUGUCUAUCAGGAAAAGUGAAGCAUCCGGCAAAAAAUACACGUCAUAAUAAACGCACGAUUCAUAAUAAAAGCUAGAUGCCUGAAAUUGAAGAAAUUGUGACAGAAAUAUAUAACAACUGUAUAGUAAAAUGUAUUAUUCACAUUAAUAAUAAUAAUAAUAAUAAUUAAUCAAAAUAUCACAAGCAAGACAGCUAUUGAAUAAAUGUUUGGCAAAAAAAUGCAAUGACGUUGAAAAGUUCUACUUUCACUUGUUAAACGUUUUAAGAAUUUAUUGAUUAGACACCAUUUUGAUGAUAAAAUUAAAUUAAACUUUAAAAAAUGUUCUGUAAAGUACUGGAAAAUAAUAAUUAUUAAACUAUAAUUAUUAAAAUAAUUAUUAAAUAAUCAAAAAUAUCUAAACUGGUGUGUUCAAUAGCACAUUAUAAUAUUAGCAUAUUUUUGCUGUGGUAUCAAACUUGGUAUCGAGAACCAUGAAAUUUCACUGGUGUCGGUUCCGACUACUAAAAUUGUGGUACCGUGACAACACUAAUACAUACAUAAAUACAGUAGUAGGCAAACAGGGACCUAUGGAAAAGUAUUGCUGAUAUGCUGAUAUUUGAGUAAUAUCUGUCAUAAUGCAUGACUGUAUAAUCAAGGUCACUGAAGUAAAGAGAAAUAUGUAAUAUUUGUAUUCUGUAUUGGAAUAUUUUAAAAUAAUUUACCCACACCAUCAGCUGUGCUCGUUUUUACAAAAAGUAGAAUCACUGAAAGCACACAUUUAUUUUUUUAUCAUGCUUUUGUCAAUCUGAUAUUAUGAAAAUAUGUAGUUAUUGCAAUGCUCACCGUACUUAUGGAUGACAGUUUUCUAUGUGUGAGAGUUAGAGCGAAGCUGAUUUAAAUGGCUCCUGUGACAUUUGUGGCUGUGUAAAUGGAUUAGUUGUAGGUGUAUUUUAAUAACCAAAUAAAAGUGUCCCUCAGUGACAAAUCUUUGUGCUGUGA